AUAGUUAUCAAAGUACCAAUUGCCUCUUUCCCCCGAGGCAGGGGAUUUUGAGCUAGAAAAUGUGCGGAAUAGCUGCAGUUAUCAGUGGGAUUCAGAUCAUCGGAUCCAAUCUUUCCAGGAAAACGAAGGAAGCUUCGCCUUUAGAAGCCAAAAAGGACUAUGGAUCAGUUCUUGUAACUAUAGAUAACCUCAAGUCUGCUUUGCAAAGAAGAGGUCCUGAUAGCUUGGGGUGCAGAAAUGUUUUGAUUCAGUCAGAAUGUGAAAAUUUGGUUAAAAAAUGCGAAACAACUUGCACAAAGGAUGUAAGUGUCAGUGGAAUGAAUUCUACUGCACAAGUACAUUUCAUUGGUGCAAUGUUACAACUUAGGGGCUUAAAUCCGGUUUCUCAGCCGCUAGAGGAUGCAUCUGGGAAUCUUCUUGUAUAUAAUG